CACCCGAGCCCACGCGCAGCGGCAGCAGAUCGAGCCCCAGUUCCAGCAGAGUCCCAUUCCGCCACGAAAAAACUCGCUUUCCAAAUCUCUCUCUCACUCUCUUUCGUUUUGUCCAAAAACACCCAAAUCGUGUCGCUUAAAUCUGCGCGAUUCAUAACGAAUCGCCAUAGUUAAUCGAAGCAUUAAACGAGGGAAAAAAAGGGGAGAAAAAAAGGAGAGGGACAGGGAGAGAGAGGGAGGCGGAGGCCAUCAUCCCAUUCGCCGGCUGGUCCUGAUCCUUGUCCGGGUCUAUUUGGGCGGCGCCGCACGCAGCAGGAGGGAGAGAUCAGCGCGGGGCAAAGCGUCAAACCCUUCUCCGCCGCGGGAACUACUGGCAUUUACGAUGGUGGACAAGAAUGAUGGGUCAGAGGGUCUUAAAUUCAACACGUCAAACCUCAUUCAAACAACCGAAGAGGUUGCAAGAGCGUUUAUUGCUGCGGCUUCGGCUGCCACUGCACAGUCUGCACGGCCAUCUGUAGUGUAUUCAUCCAAAGAUGAGAGUGGCAGCCCAAUGCAGAAGCUUCAGCAGCAAUUCUCGAAAAUCAUGAAAGGGUUUACGUCCUCACCGGACCUGUCAGGAACUUACAAUCCAGAAGUGCUUACAACUCAAAAGCGGCAGUGGUCGAGGUACCAGCUGAAGUCAUUGGGUGAUAGGUGCAUCAGAGAACCAUCACAUCUGUUCGAGAGCAUAGUGAUUGUUGGGCUUCCACCUAACGCAGAUAUCCAGGAGCUGGAAAACAUUGCACUAGGGAGAAAUGAUGAAGAUGGAAAGAGAUCAAGAAAUUUAUUUAGCAAUAGCCACCACCAAGUUCACGCAAUAUCAAAUUUGGAACCACAGGUUCUUUUUGCGUACCCUCCAGAGAAGCCUCUUCCACUCAAGUACAAGGAUACCCUCUCUUUCUGCCUUCCCGGAGGUGUACAGGUUCAUGCUGUCGAACGUACUCCUUCAUUCAGUGAGCUGAAUGAAAUCCUCCUGGGACAGGAACAGCUUAAAGAAAGCAACCAAUCAUUUGUGUUCCGCCUACAGGUUGCUGAUAACUCUGCAUUAUAUGGAUGCUGUGUGCUGGUUGAAGAGAUUGUACAGAGACCAUCAAAGUUGGUAUCGAUGCUAAUGAAUGACAAACCCAUCUUUCCACGCCGGAGUCGAUACGUGGUAACUACGCCCCGGUGUUAUUGCAUCCUGUCCAGGCUUCCGUUCUUUGAACUGCAUUUUGGGGUGUUGCAGAGUAUUCUUAUGGAAGAACGUCUGGAGUGGCUCACUGAUGGUGUUAGCAUGCUAACUUCCUUAUCGCUUGAGGAAUCCUGUGAGAACGAUAUCUGUGAAGGAACUGAAGUUACAGCACAGAAACAGUAUUUAGAUAGUAACACAAUUGAUGUGGAUAAAUCAUCUGAAUCUAGCAUGGGAGUUUCAUCAAAGGAGCUAUCUGACACUGACAGCAGUUUUGGGUGUAGAGAGAACCAGCUUGACUUUGUUUCUAAAGAACAACAGCAAAAUAGUUCUUGUGAUAAAGAGCAGAGUGAUCGUAAAAGAGAAAUUAUCACUUGUGAUGCUUCUGAAGUGUCUGAUCAUUUUGUUCCUGAAGAUACAUCAUCUGAUCAGUCUGGAGCUAAGCAUCAUGAACUUGAUUCUGCAUCAGGUAUCCAGGAUGAAUCUGGUGCAAAGAACUGUGAUGAUUCUCCGAAGGGAAAUGUGGAUGAUGAGGAGCUUGAUCUCUUCAUUACCGAUACUAUUUUACCACUUAUGCGAUCUCGCCUUUGUGAAGAUUGUGAAUCAUCUCCAAGUUCACAGGGUUCUCCUUCUAGAAAUUUCGACACCCAGGAAUCGGAUUCAGAGGAGCCAUCUUCCAUCGGUGAUGGGGACUUAGUUAGACACAACAACAUACUGCAGUGGGCUAAGGCAAAAAAAUAUGGUUCUUUGCAAGUUGUCUGUCAAUACUACCAGUUACAGUGUCCUGCUAGGGGUUCAUCACUUACUUUUCAUCCCUUGGAGCAUUUGCAUCCUUUGAGUUUUCACCGGCCAGGUGAAACAGUUCUUCACAUUGCUGGUUCUACUAUUGAGCUUAGGUCACGCGAUACAAGCUUAGAAGUUGCUGAGAUGCGUAAUUCACUCUUCGCUGAGGAGGAAUCGACUGCUUUAUCCACAUGGGCGGUGGCAUCCAUUUGUGGAUGCCUAAGGUUGGAACAUGUAAUGACACUUUUUGCUGCUGCACUCCUGGAGAAACAGAUUGUUAUUGUCUGUUCUAAUCUGGGAAUGUUAUCGGCUUCAGUUUUGUCCAUCCUACCUCUAAUACGACCGUAUCGGUGGCAUAGUCUCCUCACGACGGUCUUGCCUAAUGACAUGAUGGAUUUUCUGGAUGCCCCAGUUCCAUACAUAGUGGGUGUACAAAACAAGACAUCUGAUGUGCUCAACAGGCUACCAAAUGCCGUGGUCAUUGAUGCCAACAGGAAUCAGAUUAAAUCUUCUUCAGUUCCGCAACUACCACAGCACAGAGAGUUGCUUUCUGCCUUGCGCCCGUAUCAUUCAAUACUUGUUGGCGAAAGUUAUCUUGCAAGAAAACGUCCUGUUUACGAAUGCACAGAUGCCCAGGUGGAAGCGGCCAAAGGUUUCUUGGCAGUGCUUAGAGACUACCUUGACACACUAUGCUCGAACUUGAGAUCUCAUACAAUUACCAAUGUGCAAUCUAACAAUGACAAGGUUUCCUUACUUUUAAAAGAGAGCUUUAUCGGUUCUUUCCCAAUCCGGGAUAGGCCUUUUAUGAAGCUUUUUGUGGACACGCAGUUGUUCUCAGUACAGACAGACCUAGUUCUCUCCUUUUAUCAGAAGGACUAAGUGUCUGACAGACUUGAAUGUCUGUCUCAUGUUGCCAAGCCUUUAGAUGUUGAGCUAAACUGUACAUAUCGGCUUAGAAAGAAUGAGCUGCCUUCGUCAUUUUGGCAGCUGAGUGUGUUAAGAGCUGGGGUAUUGAAGAAGAAUGCCUAUAGCUGUUGUAAGUUAGUCUGGUGCGGUGAUCCGCCAUCUAAGGUUUUGUAGGCUGUUGUAGGCUGAUGCUUCUAUGGAUUGUUCCUGCAAUACCUGUGCUGUAAUGGAACCAUAUCUGCGGCAGAAUCUCCGCACUUGAAUGUGUUAUGUCAAGAAUCCAAAAGUUAUACCGUGCCAAAGCGUGGUUCUUAUCUCCAGCUGUAAUUUAACGUGUGGUAUUUUUAUAAAGCAUGUGUCAAAGUGCAUCUUGUAUCAAAUCACACAGACUCGAAUGUGUUAUGAUGAUCUAUAUAAGCAUCAGCCUAAUGAUC